AUGAGCCUGGAGGAGCUGGGGCGCCCCCGCAUCGACGUCGUCGUCAACUGCUCGGGCGUCUUCCGCGACCUGUUUGUGAACCAGAUGAACCUGCUGGACCGCGCCAUCAAGCUGGCCGCCGAGCAGGACGAGCCGCCUGAGAUGAACUUUGUGCGCAAGCACGCGCUGGAGCAUGCGGAGGAGCUGGGGGUCAGCGCCAACGGCCGCGGCUACUGGGAGGCGCAGCCCGAGCAGCUGGAGCGCCUGCGCCAGAUGUACAUGGAUGUGGAGGACAAGAUUGAGGGCGUGGAGUGA